AUGGCUCUCCCCGCUCACAAGACCUCCUUCCUGGAGUCGUGCCUCUCCGCCAAUGUCCUAAGAUUCGGCACCUUCACCCUCAAAUCCGGUCGCCAAUCCCCCUAUUUCUUCAACGCCGGCAUCUUCAACACGGCCUCCCUCCUCUCCGCGCUCUCCACCGCCUACGCUCACACCAUCAUUGCCUUCCUCGCCGAGAACCCCUCCAUCCCCAAGCCCGACAUCAUCUUCGGACCCGCCUACAAAGGCAUCCCCCUCGCUUGCGCCACCCUCCUCGAACUCAACCGCAUUGACCCCGCCACCUGGGGCAGCGUCUGCUACAGCUACAACCGCAAGGAAGCAAAGGACCACGGCGAGGGCGGGAACAUCGUGGGCGCGGCGCUCAAGGACAAGACCGUGCUGGUGAUCGACGACGUGAUCACCGCCGGCACGGCCAUGCGCGAGACCCUCAACCUCGUGGCCCAGCAAGGCGGCAAGGUGGUCGGGUUCGCGGUGGCUCUGGACCGCUUGGAGAAGAUGCCCGGACCCAAGGACGCCAAUGGUGUCGAGGACGACGCACCCCGGAUGAGCGCCAUGGGCCAGAUUCGCAAGGAAUACGGUGUCCCCACCACCAGCAUUGUCACGCUGGAUGAUUUGAUCAAGUUGAUGCAGGCCAAGGGUAAUCAGGAGGAUAUGAAGCGGUUGGAGGCGUACCGGGCCAAGUACCAGGCUAGUGAUUAG